AUGGAGGACAUGUGUGAUAUCAUAGCUCGCGUCGAGCGAUUGAAGCGUUACCCUCACGGUGUUGUUCCCGUACUGACGGUACGACGAAUUCUGGACUGGGAAAACCCCCUUGAGCGGUACGACGAAUGUGAUUUCAAGGAAAUAUACCGUUUGUCGAAAUCGUCUGUUCAUGAACUCUACCGACUACUCGACGUCAGGAGGAGCAUUGACAAUCGUGGCUGUCCUUUUCCACCCCUCCAGCAAUUGUUACUUGCCCUGCGCUACUUCGAGACAGGCUCGUUUCAAGUUGUUUACGGUGACCUGGUGAAAGUGAGCCAACCAACCGUGAGCCGCUGCGUUGCUGUAAUGGCGAUAGCCAUCGCUGGUCUGAGGGAACAGCUCGUACGGCUGCCAAAGCGCACUGAAAUCGCAUCGAUGAAAGCAAAGUUCCACUCUAUCGCUGGCUUUCCCGGCGUAAGCGGUUGUAUCGGUUGCACACACGUUACUAUUGCCAGCCCCGGCGGUGAAAUGGCUCAAGUGUUCCGCAACUGGAAGGGGACGUUCUCCAUCAAUCUCCAGGUCGUGUAUGGCCCCAGUGUUGAAUUUUUGGACAUUGUUGCUAGCUGGCCUGGCUCUACACACGAUAGUAUAAUCUUGGAAAACAGUCGUUUUGGAAACCUUCUACGUACGAAACAGUAUCCAGGGAUCAUACUUGGUGAUGCAGGGUAUGCACGUAAGCCCUACCUGCUCACCCCCCUUCAAUCGCCAGAAACUGCAAGUGAAAAGAGACACAAUAAGGCACAUGUAAAAACGCGAAAUUCUGUGGAACGCGCGUUUGGGGUGUGGAAGAAACGGCUCCCAUGCCUUCGCAGCAAACUAUGUACAAAGCUGGACACAAGAACUGCUAUUAUUGUGGCAGUUGCAGUGCUAUACAAUUUUGCGCUACAGAGCAAGGACACCCAUGGUGACACAAUCAUGACAGCAGCAGAUGAACAAGAUAUCACAGAUCAACUUGAGCAAAAUGACAGGUGUUGUUCGGCAUUUCGGCGAGCCUUCAUCUGA